AUGAAUAGACCAAGCAGACCAUCAAAUGGCAAGAAGAUGUCUUCGAGCUCAGUGACCAUCACUAUAUCAGACUUCCACACUUAUGAGAUGCAGAAUCGUUCAGUUGAGUGUCAUCGAUGGAUUGAACAGGUGAUCAAUGAACAGGUGGACAACGACCUGUUUACUGCUCUCAAGGAUGGUGUGGUCCUGUGUAAGCUGGCCAAUGUCAUGUUCCCAAACAUCAUACCUCGCUACAACAGACAGACAUCUAUUACAUUCAAACUCAUUGAGAAUAUCAAUUCAUUCAUUGCAGUUGUAAAGAGACUUGGUAUCAAUGACAAUCAGAUAUUCACUGCUACAGACUUGAUAGAGAAUAAGAACAUGCAAAAGGUUGUUGGAACGUUGAGGACGAUGGCAACUUUGGUCACUCAGAAGGGUUUCCCAAUAAAGUGGCCAACGAAUGACGAGAUGGAGGGUGUGAAUGGCGCCGAUGAACAAUCUUCAAGAUCAGCCAACAAAACAGAGUCAUCACAACACACUAUCAAUUGGGACUCAUCAUUCAUAUUAUCUGCAUCAUCGGGUUCAAAGACAGCUCCAGCUGGUGCACUCUCACCCAAUGCCAAGCCAUCUCUUUACUCCCCAUCACGUCCAUUUCGCUCGAGCUCAGUCAGUACUAGCUCACCAUCAUUCACAACCCCUCAGAAACAAGUCACGACUUCAGCAGUAGUAGCAUCACCCACUCCAUUGGCUUCAUCAGUUACACAAGCACCACCAUCAGCUGCAGCAGUACCAAAGGUGGAAGCUGUACAGCAGCAGCCUACAAAGGUAGUGGCACCCGUGGCAGUGGUAGUUGAUCAAAAGAUACAACAAUACGACAAGAUGCAAAAGGAAUCACGUGAGGAGGUCACAUCACUUCACUUUGCAGUCAAAGAGGGCGACUUGGAGGCUGUCAAGAAGAUCAUAGACAAACAGAGCUACCUUACCAAAUCAAUCACUGUGUAUGGUCGCACACCAUUACACUUUGCCGCCACACACAGCAGAAGCGAAAUGGUCGAGUUCAUCGUACGUGGUGGCAGUCCCAUCAAUGCUCAGGACAAGGAUGGAAACACUGCUUUGCACUUGGCACUGCUCCAGAAUGAUUAUCCAACAAUUGAAGCUUUGAUCAAGAAUGGUGCUGAUGUGAACGCUGUCAACAAGGAUCACUCGACACCAAUCAUGAUGGUGUCACUCAAUGGCGAUGAAAAGAUCGUGGACCUACUGCUGUCAUCAGGUGCCGACGUGCGCAGUGCCAACAAGAAGGGAAAUACUGCACUGCACUAUGCCACGCUCAGAGGCCACAAGAAGGUGGUGGACAAACUUCUCGACGCUGGCAGUGAUGUGAAUGCCGUCAAUGUGGAUGGAGCCACGUCGUUGCAUGUGGCUGCAGAGGAGAACUUUGCCGGAAUUGCAGAGUCACUGGCCAACAAAGGUGCCACAGUGGACUCUCAGCGAUUCGAUGGAUGGACACCUCUUUAUACAUCGGCCUACAAAGGAAACAUCGAGACUGCCAAGUCUCUCCUGGAGCGUGGUGCCAACGUUGACUCUGCCAACCUGGAUGGUUGGACACCAUUACAUGCUGCCUCAGCCGAAGGCCACGAAGACAUUGCAAAGAUGCUUAUUGGACAUGGAGCCAAGAUCAACCAACAAGAUGCACAGGGUACCACACCAAUCUAUCACGCAUGUUCAUCAGGAUCACUAGAGAUGACCAAGUUCCUUUUGGCCCAUGGUGCUGACCCCAACCUCUCAAAGACGGGCGGAUGGAAGCCUAUCCACAUCGCCUGCUAUAAUGACAACGACCAAGUCACCAGGUUACUUGUGGAGCACGGCGCUGACCUCAACGCCAGCAACGAUGAAAUCAAGGGCUACUCACCAAUUCAUAUUCUGAUAUCGACUGAGGAGCCGAGACUCGAGGUGAUUGAGCUGUUCCUCAAGAAGAGGAUCGAUUUGAACAAGAAGAACAUCAAUGGCAGUACACCACUUCAUCUGGCCGUAUUUUGGAAUCACUUCAAGGUACUGGAACUGCUACUAAAGUACAGUGCAUCGUUGGAUGAAAAGAACAACAAGGGACGUACUCCACUUAGUCUGGCCUGUCACUAUGGUAAUGAAGAAGUCGCAAAGUAUCUAGCCAGCAAGAUGUCAAUUGAUCCACGCAAACUAAAGAUAAAGAACAACAAACAAAAGAUAUUGGAUAUGGAGACACCAAGUGCUCCUCCCGUGCCCUUGAACUGA